GCGGAGCAUGGUAACUUCUCCAGCAAUCAGAGCGCUCCCCCUCACAUCAGUGGCAUGCUUCAUGGAGAUAUGCUCCUCUCACUGCCCUCUACACCAGCAACAUGGAUUGUCACCUCUCCAUCCUCCUCUGUCUCAGCUGUUCCUUUCUCAACUGCUUCGGGGAACUGAUUCUCCAGCCUUCCAAUGAAGUCAAUCUACUAGAUUCAAAGACAAUUCAAGGGGAACUAGGCUGGAUCUCUUAUCCAUCACAUGGGUGGGAAGAAAUAAGUGGUGUUGAUGAACAUUACACACCCAUCAGGACUUACCAGGUGUGUAAUGUUAUGGAUCAUAGCCAAAAUAAUUGGCUGAGAACGAACUGGGUGCCCAGAAACUCAGCUCAGAAGAUAUAUGUGGAGCUCAAGUUCACUCUACGGGACUGUAAUAGUAUACCAUUGGUUUUGGGAACUUGUAAGGAAACUUUCAACCUGUACUACAUGGAGUCUGAUGAUGACCAUGGGGUUAAAUUCCGAGAGCAUCAGUUUGUCAAGAUUGAUACCAUUGCAGCUGAUGAAAGUUUUACUCAAAUGGACCUUGGAGAUCGCAUUUUAAAACUCAAUACUGAGAUUAGAGAAGUAGGUCCUGUCAACAAAAAGGGAUUUUAUUUGGCUUUUCAAGACGUUGGUGCUUGUGUUGCCUUGGUGUCUGUGAGAGUGUACUUCAAGAAGUGUCCAUUCACGGUGAAGAAUUUGGCUAUGUUUCCAGACACAGUACCCAUGGAUUCUCAAUCUCUGGUGGAGGUGAGAGGUUCUUGUGUGAACAAUUCCAAGGAAGAAGAUCCUCCUAGGAUGUACUGCAGUACAGAAGGUGAAUGGCUUGUACCUAUUGGCAAGUGCUCAUGUAAUGCUGGUUAUGAAGAAAGAGGAUUUAUGUGUCAAGCUUGUCGACCAGGCUUCUACAAGUCUUCAGAUGGUAAUAUGAAAUGUGCCAAAUGUCCACCUCACAGUUCUACUUAUGAAGAUGGUUCAGUCAACUGCAGGUGUGAGAAUAAUUACUUCCGAGCAGACAAAGACCCUCCAUCCAUGGCUUGUACCCGACCUCCAUCUGCACCAAGAAAUGUUAUCUCUAAUAUAAAUGAAACCUCGGUUAUUCUGGACUGGAGUUGGCCCCUGGACACAGGAGGCCGGAAAGAUGUUACCUUCAACAUCAUAUGUAAAAAAUGUGGGUGGAAUGUAAAACACUGUGAACCAUGCAGCCCGAACGUCCGCUUCCUCCCUCGACAGUUUGGACUCACCAACACCACAGUGACAGUGACAGACCUCCUGGCACACACUAACUACACCUUUGAGAUUGAUGCCAUUAAUGGGGUGUCUGAGCUGAGCUCCCCACCAAGACAGUUUGCGGCUGUCAGCAUCACCACUAACCAGGCUGCUCCAUCACCAGUCAUGACAAUUAAGAAGGAUCGAACAUCCAGAAACAGUAUCUCUUUAUCCUGGCAAGAACCUGAACACCCAAAUGGGAUUAUAUUGGACUACGAGGUCAAAUACUAUGAAAAGCAGGAGCAAGAGACGAGUUAUACCAUCCUGAGGGCAAGAAGUACUAAUGUCACCAUCAGUAGCCUCAAACCCGAUACCACAUAUGUAUUCCAAAUUCGAGCUCGAACAGCAGCUGGAUAUGGGACCAACAGUCGAAAGUUUGAGUUUGAAACUAGCCCAGACUCUUUCUCCAUCUCUAGUGAAAACAGCCAAGUGGUAAUGAUAGCCAUUUCAGCGGCAGUAGCAAUAAUUCUGCUCACAGUUGUAACUUACGUUUUGAUUGGGAGGUUCUGUGGCUACAACAAGUCAAAACAUGGUACAGAUGAUAAAAGACUUCAUUUUGGGAAUGGGCAUUUAAAACUUCCAGGUCUCAGGACUUAUGUUGAUCCACAUACCUAUGAAGAUCCUACCCAAGCGGUUCACGAGUUUGCUAAGGAGUUGGAUGCCACCAGCAUAUCUAUUGAUAAAGUUGUUGGAGCAGGUGAAUUUGGAGAGGUAUGUAGUGGUCGCUUAAAACUUCCUUCAAAAAAAGAGAUUUCAGUGGCCAUCAAGACCCUAAAAGUGGGCUACACAGACAAACAGAGGAGAGACUUCCUUGGAGAAGCCAGCAUUAUGGGACAAUUUGACCAUCCUAAUAUCAUUCGACUAGAAGGAGUUGUGACUAAAAGUAAACCAGUGAUGAUUGUCACAGAGUACAUGGAAAAUGGUUCCUUGGACAGUUUCUUACGUAAACAUGACGCGCAGUUUACAGUCAUCCAGCUCGUAGGAAUGCUUCGAGGGAUAGCAUCUGGCAUGAAGUAUCUCUCUGAUAUGGGCUACGUUCACCGGGACCUCGCAGCAAGGAACAUCUUAAUCAACAGUAAUUUGGUGUGUAAGGUUUCUGAUUUUGGACUUUCACGUGUUUUAGAAGAUGAUCCAGAAGCUGCUUACACAACAAGAGGAGGGAAGAUUCCAAUUCGAUGGACAUCACCAGAAGCUAUAGCCUACCGCAAGUUUACGUCUGCCAGCGAUGUAUGGAGUUAUGGGAUUGUUCUAUGGGAGGUGAUGUCCUAUGGAGAGAGACCAUACUGGGAAAUGUCCAAUCAGGAUGUCAUUAAGGCUGUGGAUGAGGGCUAUCGGCUGCCACCCCCCAUGGACUGCCCAGCUGCAUUGUAUCAGCUGAUGUUGGACUGUUGGCAGAAAGACAGAAACAACAGACCCAAGUUUGAGCAGAUUGUCAGCAUUCUGGACAAGCUUAUUCGGAACCCAGGCAGUUUGAAGAUCAUCACUAGUGCAGCAGCAAGACCAUCAAAUCUUCUUCUGGACCAAAGCAAUAUUGACAUCACUUCCUUCCACACAACAGGUGACUGGCUUAACGGUGUCCGAACAGCACAGUGCAAGGACAUCUUCACAGGUGUGGAAUACAGCUCUUGUGACACCAUCGCCAAGAUUUCCACGGAUGACAUGAAAAAAGUUGGUGUCACUGUGGUAGGACCACAGAAGAAGAUCAUCAGUAGUAUAAAAGCUCUAGAAACACAAUCAAAGAAUGGUCCUGUUCCAGUGUAAAGUGUUAUUUCUGAAAGAAAGUGGUGACUUUGGAAGCUGUGGCAUCACUCUUCAUAUAAAAGAUUGUGCUGAAGAUUCUGAUGAAAGUUCCAAGCCCAAUAAGACACUCAACUCUGAGUACAAAUGCCUUAAAAUGAAAUUUAAAAACUCUUUAUUUUCCCCUGUUAUUUAGCAGAUGGGUGGGUGGGUGUACUUUGUUUUGUGAUUGCUUUUUAAAAUUAGUUUAUGUAUUAAAUUGAAAUUCUUCAACGUGAACUGAUGAAGAACUAGCUUAGAGCCAUUGAUCAUAAACUAUUAAAACAAGUGACAUGACAAACAUGGUCACUCUGUUUACUAGUACUCACGGAAGAUACUUGCAAUAUUUUUAUACACAGAAGAACUCUGUAACAGGUAUUUUGUUUCCUUAAAAGCAAGCAAAAUAGAGGAAUUUAUACCUCAAACUAUUUGGCCAUAUUUACUACCUUUUCAUUGUAUUAUUCUCAUUAUAUGUUAAAAACAUAUAGAAAUAAAGUUUUUAGUUGUUUUAAGUACUACACAUUUUAAUGGUUAGCUUUCUUAAGUAUUAUCAUGUAAAAUAUGUCUUAAUUUGGAAGAAAAGUAUUUAUUUUCUUUUGAAUUUUUUUAUUGAUUUAUAUUUAUACCUUGGUGAUUAAUUUGGAUUUGUUACAGCCAAGUGCCAAAUGCUCUCUCAAAUUUAUAGCAGUAGGAAACACGGUAAACUAGACAUAGAGAAUGAUGGGUUUCUUUUCAUAUUUUCUGAACCAUUCACUUAUAUACAUCUCUAUCUGUCUAAAUAUAUAUAAAGAAACCAAACCUUGUCCUUCAUAUACUAACCAAAUCUCUUCAACUAUUCAUCCAUUUGUCUUUCCAUUUAUUGCAAACUUGUAUGCUCCUAAUUUAGUGUAAUAUACUGAUAUGUAUGUAAUGGAUUCUCAAAUGACAUAGCUGCCCAGCUCUGGUGCUUAGGAGAAUAUCAACUUCCUCCACCAAUGAAUUAGCUAUGAUUAAAUACCUGAGUGGAAAAUAGCUACACUGGAAAGAAAUGAAAAUUGGAAUCCUUUUUAGAUUGUUACAUUAAAUGGCACCACAACCUAUGGGCUAAUGCAUGAGUCAAAAAUCACUUGCUGGCUGAUUUAAAAAAUGUCACAUAAUGUCUGUGUUUCAAUUAUUCAGCUUUUUAUAGAGAAUAGUAAUAACCAAAACUACUCUACUUCAUCAUUGGGGUUUAGUUAAACUAAUGAUUAUGUUAUCAAACCAGGUUAACUCUGAGUCUUCCACUAAAAUACACCUAUUGAGUUUAGGUGUAAACUUAGAAGCAUUGAAUGUCUAUAUAUAUUUAUUGAACACAUAAUUUUUAAAAUAGCUAGUCAUUUAGAAAAUUUCUCAACAUUUGUAGGCAGUGGAAUGAUUUCUUAAUAGGAGCAUAAAUAUAAUAUUCCAUAACAUCGAAAUAUGAACACAUUCAGUAAUUUUGAAAAAAUAUAACAGAAGGAAAUCUAGCCACUAAUAUAUUGUGAAGCAACAUUUUAGUUUCUAUAUAUGUAUUAUUUCUAAUGCUGUUAUCAUCCUAUAUUAUCAUGUUUAGAAAUUAAGAAAUGCAUAGCCCACAAAAAAGAAUGAAUGAAUAAAUCAAUGCUGCAAAUUUC